AUGACGGAGGGAAAAGUUGACUGUGUUACCGAAGUUGAUGAUCCAGAGAGUGAAAUGCAGAUGAAGACUGCCAUACUACUUAAGCAACUGGAUCUGCACCUUCUCAAUCACUUGCUGAAACACAUUUCCCCAGAAAUAUAUAUAAAUCCAAGAAUUGUGAAGAAAGAUAUAAAGCUUCUAAAACGUUUCUCAGGAAAAGGAGAACAGACAGUUUUGGAAUCUAUUGAAUACACUUCAGAUUAUGAAUUUUCAAAUGGAUGUCGAGCUCCACCUUGGAGACAGAUUUAUGGGGAAAUGUGUUAUGUGCUGGUGAAGCCACAUGCUGUGGAAAGUUUGUGCGUUACUUGUAGAGAAGGAGUAUUUUUAAAUGGUGGCAAAACAGAUGCUGGAGAUGAAAUUAAUUAUGAGAGAAAAAGUGCAAUUUACAAGGACAUUGUCACAUUUUUAAGAGAAAAAUCAGUAAAAUUUUCAGAAAAUAUGUCUAAACAUGCAACCAAAUUUAAAGAACAACAACAAAUGGAAAAAGAUCAGCAUGAUAAGGCUCUUAAGAAGGAAGAAACAGCCACCGUCCAUAAAACUGUAUCUGGUUCAGGAAAGAGUACACUGGAGAAGAACCAAAUUAAUUUUGUGAAAAAUCAAAUGACCAGGAGAUUAGAGCCAAGCUUAAACUGGAAGACAACCCUUGACUUCAAAUCUCACAGAAGUUCAAUAAAAGACAGCCAACAGGAAAAACAUGGCGGAAAAUUUGAAAAAGUGAGGUCAUCCGCUUCCCAUGGAAGAGCCCAGUUAAGCAGUAAAAGUACUGAUAAAAUUGAGGAGAUUUCCAGUGAGAACUCCUCAGAGAGUGAGGAGGAUGAAGAACCUGCUGAUCACCGUCAGGAGGUGAAUGUGGAUUUGCCAUCCGAGUACUGGCAAAUUCAGAAGCUGGUGAAAUAUCUGAAGGGAGGAAAUCAGACAGCUACAGUGAUUGUGUUGUGUUUGAUGAAGGAUUUCAACCUAGUCCAUGAGACCUGUCAGCUGGCAAUCAGAGAUGUGGGAGGCCUUGAAGUUUUAAUAAAUUUACUUGACACCAAUGAAAUCAAGUGUAAGAUUGGGUCAUUAAAAAUCCUGAAGGAAAUCAGUCACAAUCCUCAAAUCAGACGUAACAUUGUUGACCUCAGGGGCUUACCGGUCAUAGUUAAUAUACUUGAUUCUCCGUACAAGAUUCUGAAGUGUUUGGCUGCAGAAACUAUUGCGAAUGUUGCCAAGUUCAGACGAGCCCGGCAGGCAGUGAGACAGCACGGGGGCAUCACCAGGCUGGUUGCUCUCCUGGACUGUGCACAGCAAGCCUCACAGCCUGCCUACUCAAGUCUGUAUGAGACCACAGACGCGGAAGUGGCUCGCUGUGGGGCGCUGGCAUUGUGGAGCUGCAGUAAGAGUUAUGCCAAUAAAGAAGCCAUUCGUAAAGCCGGGGGCAUCCCUCUGUUGGCUCAACUGCUGAAGACUUCUCAUGAAAACACGCUCAUUCCAGUGGUGGGGACAUUGCAAGAAUGUGCAUCAGAGGAAAACUACCGAGCUGCAAUCAAAGCAGAAAGGAUCAUUGAAAGUCUGGUAAAGAACCUAAACAGUGAGAAUGAGGAGCUGCAGGAGCACUGCGCCAUGGCCAUUUACCAGUGCGCCGAAGACGAGGAGACGCGGGACCUGGUCAGGCUGCACGGAGGCCUGAAGCCCCUGGCGAGUCUGCUCAACAACACCGACAACAAAGAGCGGCUGGCUGCUGUCACGGGGGCCAUAUGGAAGUGCUCCAUCAGCAGAGAGAACGUGACCAAGUUUCGGGAAUACCAAGCCAUUGAAACUUUGGUGGGACUUUUAACAGAUCAGCCUGAAGAAGUACUUAUUAAUGUGGUUGGGGCCAUAGGAGAAUGCUGCCAAGAUUAUGAAAACCGAGUCAUUGUCCGGAAAUGUGGUGGCAUUCAACACCUGGUGAACCUCCUCGUUGGAAUAAACCAAGCUCUUCUGGUGAACGUCACAAAAGCAGUUGGUGCCUGUGCGGUAGAACCUGAAAGCAUGGUAAUAAUUGAUCGUUUAGAUGGAGUUCGUUUGUUGUGGUCCCUGCUGAAAAAUCCUCAUUCAGAUGUGAAAGCCAGUGCAGCAUGGGCCCUUUGUCCUUGCAUCAAAAAUGCUAAGGAUGCUGGAGAAAUGGUUCGUUCCUUUGUUGGUGGUUUGGAACUUGUUGUUAAUUUACUGAAGUCAGAUAACAAAGAAGUUUUGGCAAGUAUAUGUGCUGUCAUUACCAAUAUAGCAAAAGAUCAAGAAAAUUUAGCUGUUAUUACAGAUCAUGGAGUUGUCCCUUUACUGUCCAAGCUGACAAAUACAAAUAACGAGAAAUUGAGGCGUCAUCUGGCAGAAGCUAUUUCCCACUGCUGUAUGUGGGGCAGGAAUAAAGUGACCUUCGGUGAGCACAAAGCAGUGGCUCCACUGGUGCGCUACCUGAAAUCGAAUGACACCAGUGUGCAUCGAGCGACAGCGCAGGCCUUGUACCAGCUCUCAGAAGAUGCCAACAACUGCAUCACAAUGCAUGAGAAUGGCGCAGUAAAGCUUCUACUGGAUAUGGUUGGGUCCCCUGAUCAGGACCUCCAGGAAGCCGCAGCUGGUUGCAUAUCCAACAUCCGAAGGCUGGCUCUUGCCACGGAAAAGGCAAGAUACACUUGA